GUGCUCUGAGUCCCACCUGGAAAAUCUCCAGUCUGAGGUGAACCUGACUCUGGAAGGGUCACUGUGCUGCUGAAGACCCCCCCAUCUCGGUGACACUCGGGGUGCCUCUCCAAGGGGAGGCAAAGCUGCCUCCUGCUCCCCAGCAGCGUCGUGGGGUGCUCCCUGGAAACUGAAGAGAGAAAUCACUUAAAAUCUCAACCGAUGCAUUUUUGAAGUUGAAAAAUCUGAAAUGCACUAGAAUUUGGAGACCUCCCUUUGCUUAAGGUAUGGUGUGAAUAUGCGUUGCUUGGCAGCUCGGGUCAACUACAAGACUCUGAUCGUCAUCUGUGCCCUCUUCACCCUGGUGACUGUGCUGCUCUGGAACCGAUGCUCCUCCGACAGAGCCGGCCCAUUCCCCCGCAGCCUCUCCGGCCUCGAAUGCCGAGGAGCUGCCGCCUCCGAGAGCGACCCAGCCCGGCAGCAGAGCGAGGAGGCAUCACCCCAGGAGCAGCAGAAGGCUCCUCCUGUCGCAGGAGGCUUCAACGGCAACAAAGCCCCGGGGCUGAAGUAUGAGGAGAUUGACUGUCUGAUCAAUGAUGAGCACACCGUUAAAGGGAGGAGGGAAGGCAACGAGGUCUUCCUGCCAUUCAGCUGGGUAGAGAAAUACUUUGAGGUUUAUGGGAAAAUUGCUCAGUACGAUGGUUAUGACAGGUUUGAAUUCUCUCAUAGCUACUCCAAAGUAUACACACAGCGAGCACCUUACCACCCCGACGGGGUCUUCAUGUCCUUCGAGGGCUACAAUGUCGAGGUUCGAGACAGAGUGAAGUGCAUCAGUGGUGUUGAAGGUGUGCCAUUAUCCACGCAGUGGGGACCUCAAGGCUAUUUCUACCCCAUCCAGAUUGCACAGUACGGUUUGAGUCACUACAGUAAAAAUCUGACAGAGAAGCCUCCUCACAUCGAGGUAUAUGAAACGGCUGAAGAGAAGGACAAAACUGGCAGGUCCGUGGACUGGACGGUGCCAAAAGGCUGCUCUGUGUCCACAGUGUCUGAUAAAGCCAAGUUCACUAGCGUCAAACAGUUUGUCGCUCCAGAAAACACCGAGGGGGUUUCUCUGCAGCUUGGCAACAGCCGAGACUUUAUUAUUUCUUUUGAUCUCAAAUUUAUAACGAACGGGAGCAUUUCUGUGGUUCUUGAGACAACGGAGAAGAACCAGCUCUUCACCGUGCAUUACGUCUCCAACAUGCAGCUCAUCGCUUUUAAGGACCGAGACAUCUACUACGGCAUCGGUCCCAGGACUAGCUGGAGCACCGUCACCAGAGACCUGGUCACCGACCUGCGGAAAGGUGUCGGCCUCUCCAAUACAAAAGCCGUGAAGCAGACCAAAAUCAUGCCCAAGAGAGUGGUGAGGCUGGUAGCGAAGGGAAGAGGCUUCCUUGACAAUGUCACCAUCUCGGCCACCGCUCAUAUGGCGGCUUUCUUUGCUGCCAGCAACUGGCUGGUGAGGAACCAGGACGAGAGGGGGGGCUGGCCCAUCAUGGUGACGAGGAAGCUGGGGGAAGGAUUUAAGUCCUUGGACCCGGGCUGGUACUCAGCCAUGGCGCAGGGACAGGCGAUUUCGACGCUGGUGCGGGCGUACCUGCUGACCAAGGACCACACGUUCCUCAGCUCGGCUCUGCGGGCAACAGCCCCAUACAAGCUGCCCUCGGAGCAGCGUGGGGUGAAAGCUGUCUUCAUGAACCGGCACGACUGGUAUGAGGAGUACCCAACUUCACCCAGCUCCUUCGUGCUCAAUGGUUUCAUGUACUCCUUAAUUGGGCUGUAUGACUUAAAAGAAACGGCUGGUGAGAAGCUGGGGAAGGAGGCACGGGUCCUCUACGAGCGGGGCAUGGAGUCCCUGAAGGCUAUGCUACCCCUCUAUGACACGGGCUCAGGGACCAUCUAUGACCUUCGGCACUUCAUGCUCGGCACCGCUCCCAACCUGGCCCGAUGGGACUAUCACACCACCCACAUCAACCAGCUCCAGCUCCUCAGCACGAUAGACGAGUCCCCCAUCUUCAAAGAGUUCGUUAAGAGGUGGAAGAGCUACCUGCGAGGCGGCCGGGCAAAGCACAACUAGAGCUUACAACCAAACCCCUUGGUCCUACUGCCUUGCAGAGGUACAGUUUCAAAGGUUCCACCCACAGUUUUUUAUGGACCGUUUCAAAGAAGUGAUCCUUAAAAACUGAUCUCCUGAAGUCAUUGCAUUCCAGUGUGAAAAUAUUUGGGUCUGAUGGGGAGGAUUGGGAAACAUCACCUGUCCUUAGUGCUCCACAGUGAAACCAUCUGCACGAAGCAAACCUCCUUUGUGCUCCGGAGGUUGGGGACGUGUUUUGGUUGAGUUGUUUUUUCCCUUUUUGUAGGAAAACAUUUGCAGAAGCCAUACAGGUCUCUCAAGUCCAGCACUUGCCUGAAACGUCGGUCUGUGGCCUCUUUAAAAACGGAGUUCUAUGUGUCAGUGUUGGAGCAGCGUAGCAGAUCAUGUGGUGUAACGCCGUAAAUGUGUAUUUACUUGUAGUGUAUCUUUUUAAAGGUGUUUUUUUCUAUGCCUGUUCUUUUCUUGGGGUGAAAAAUACACAUAUUUCUUGGUUUUAAUGCUCUCAAUGGAGAUCCUUUAGCUGUAUGGUUUCUUUACAGACGUGUGGAUGGAAAACACGUGGACAACGUUCAGGCUUUGAAGUCACGUCACGUAAGCACAACUUGCUGGCGCUCGCCGACCGCACAAAGCUUGCAACCAUGCCAUCUCUGUUGCAUAAAGCCAAAUUUACCCUCGCCCAUCAGGUUUGCCAGUGUCACCUCCUCCCUGGUAGCUGGAAUCUCUUGUUGUGGAGCGCUGUGUUUCAUACUGCAUUUUUUUAAUGUCAUCUGAGAGGUUUCUCUAAGCUUUGGUAACCGCUUCUUCUGGAAGACUUGCCUUGAAUUUCUGAGUGAGCUUGUCUUGAGUAGGGCGCAAAAAAUGCAAUUGGAAUUAGUUAAGGUUUUCCUAUAGUGAUUUUCAUUUUUAACCUUAGGUAUAUUAAGCAUUUUAAAAGUUAAAAUCACCCCAGAGGGCUUUCCAGCUCCACCUGUGCUUUAAUACCAACUUUCACCUCUGCCCACUGUCUUACCUCUGGUGUAAGGGGUCAUUAUGUCUCCAGCGCUGUCUUCUCCCUAGUGAUUCUCUCCCUCCACUCUGCUCUCAUGACAGCCCACCUGGAGUCCUGUGUCCAGUUGUGGAAUCCCCAACAUAAGGAGGAUAUGGAACUGUUAGAAUGGGUCCAGAGGAGGCCAAGGCGGUGAUCCGAGGGCUGGAACACCUCUGCUGUGAGGACAGGCUGUGAGUGUUGGUUUGUUCCAUGUGGAGCCUGGAGAAGAGAAGGCUCCAGGAAGACCUCAGAGCAGCUUCCAGUACUGAAAGGGGCUCCAGAAAAGCCGGGGCGGGGGGGGCUGGAGUGGGGAUUGGAGUGAUAGGACAAGGCUUUAAAUUGGAAGGGCGAAGAUUUAGAUUAGACAUUAGAAAGAAAUUCCUCACACUGAGGAUGGGGGGGCCCUGGCCGAGGUUGCCCAGAGAAGCAGUGGCUGCCCCAUCCCUGGAGGUGUUCAAGGCCAGACUGGAUGAGCUUUGAGCCCCAUGAUCCAGUGGGAGGUGUGUUGGCAGGGGGGUUGGAACUGAAUGGGCUUUUAAAGUCCCUUCCAACCCAAACCAUUCUAUGAUUCUUGCAUGUGCUUUAUCUUCAUGGCUCUGCCCAGCGAGCAGAGGUACCUGUGCAAUAACCAAACACACACGUCCAAACCCAAAUGCUUUCACUGUUGUGAUGCAAAAGAAAGCAGGUGGUUUCUUUGUCCUCCUUAGUAAUACUUUACACCCACUGUUACUCUCCCAUCUCAGCUGAUUGAAUAAACUCAACCAGCGGCAUCGUUAGAUCAGAGGGGUCGGUUUGGUAGCAUAGCAAAUACCAGGUUAUCAGCUCUGUCGAGGUGUGCUGGUGUUUGCUGUAAGGCUUCCAGACUUGGAAGCUCCCCGCAUGAGAAGGACGUGUAUGAGCUUUAGGGUUUUCCACUGAUCCACAUGUUGUGUAGCAUAGGUGGGAUUGAGCUUUUGAUGUUUGUCCUGAGGACAAACCAUUCAAAUCACAAAAGGCUCGGCGCGGGGAGAAUAUGCAUCUUGAUUUCUUUUUUUGUUUUCUUUUCUCUGUUUUUUGUUUGAUGCUUUUUCUAUUUCUCGCAGACAGCAGAAAUGGCUUUUGAGUUAUUGAUUAUUUGCAAACACACACUACGAUCGUGUCAGUUAAUACAAGAUGUGGAUGUCACAGGAGGAAUGUCAAUACCAAAGGUAGCAGAGGUGAAUCCUUUUUUACAUACAUGUGUACACACACGCACGCGUGCAUGCACGCGCAAAACCCAGACAGUUGUGCUUCCUUUAUACAGUAACAUCUUUCUCCUACAUGUUUCCUCUAUCUUUUGCCCAUUUGGGAUUUGGGGAAUCUAGACUUGUUGGGUACUGCUCAAGAGAUGGUAUCGGUGCCUUACUGAGGCCACAAUCUCCUUUUUUAUUUAAUUAAUGCCCGUUGAAAACUUGCAGUGUGGCUGAUCUUUCGGUGCUUCAUGUGAGUCAGCCUGGCUGCUGUUGGAGAGGUGAGCUCAGAAGCGUAGAACACCGUCGGUCCUGUCAGACCGCCUUAUCUUUAGCAUCUCCAUUGCGUUUUUGUUGGCCUUAGCACACGUGGAAAUCAAACCAACCACCAUCAGAGGCUGAAGUGAGUCAGUGCAGUGGCUUUUCCUGCUGUGUUUUUCAAUUGAGUUGUGCAGUGGAAAAGGAUUAUUGGCCGUUGGUGCCUAUAGUUCCAUUGAGUUCACUUCAGUUAAGUUUUGUUUGUUUCCAGUCUUCAAACCAACAAAGGUCUUGGUCCCUAAGAUCUAGUUAAUCCUUCCAUGAGGCUUACUGUACAUAGACUUCAUCGGAAACAUAGUGCGCGUGGGUUUAUACAAACCAGUGACACACAAGCACAACCGUACACGUGUGGCAGUGCUGUCUUUCUCAGCCAUUGUGCGAGACAUUCGCUGAAAGCUGCUAUUUUCAUUCACCUUGUAAUUGUAUUUUAUUUUUUCUACCUUCUUUUUUUUUUUUACAUGUGGGGUAUACACCAUGUGUUAAAUAUGCAAUAAAUUGUUUACAGGAUGCUCUGGUGAAGGGUAGUCCUUCGUAAAGCUGUACAGACUUUGCAGUAUAAGCACAAUGUGCACAUGUUAGUUUUAUAUACGGCGAGACAUGACUUUUUUGCAGAAGGAAAGGUUCUACUAUGUUUAUAUACAAAGUAAAUGGAUCAACGUUUGUGCUUGAUGUAAAGCUGCUUUA